AUGUUAUCAGUCAGGAGAGGUGGCUGUUUGGCCUCGGAGCUGUCUUUCCUGCUGGAGCCAAGUGAUGUGAUUGCGGUGAGGGAACGCCCGCUCAUGCUGGAUUGUCGGGUGCAGGGUGAAGAGCCGAUCAUGGUCACGUGGCGUAAAAACGGGGUGCCUUUACCCACCAGCCCGCGGGUUCAGGUGCUGGCAAAUGGCACGCUGUUCAUCCAGAGCUUCCAGAAACGCAGAGAGGGGAGUGACGCGGAUAUGGGCGAGUACGACUGCGCAGCCCAAAAUCGCUAUGGCAUGCUGGUCAGCUGCAAGGCCAAAGUCCUUUUGGCAUCUCUUCCAAAGUUCCACACCCACCCUCUGUCCAUGUCCGUGGAUGAGGGAGGCGUAGCUCGCUUCCAGUGUCAAAUCAACGGAGUACCUGAGGCCAACAUCACCUGGGAGAGAGACAGAGUACCACUCAACACCACCGACAACAGAUACACUCUCCUGCCAAUGGGUAUUCUCCAGGUGACAGGCGUGAGGCAGGUGGAUGCAGGGGUUUUCCGCUGUGUCGCCACCAACCCCGCCAACACUCGCUUCAGCCACGAGGCCAUGCUCAACAUCACUGGUGGAGCUCCCAGAACCUACAAGGAGCCAUUCAUCUUGUCAGGACCCCAGAAUCUGACCAUCACCAUCCAUCAGACGGCCAUCUUGGAGUGCAUCGCCACAGGAAACCCAAGGCCCAUUGUUUCCUGGAGCAGGCUAGACGGACGCUCCAUUGGAGUGGAGGGUAUCCAGGUUCUGGGGACCGGGAACCUGAUGAUCUCAGAUGUUUCCCUGCAGCACUCUGGUGUGUAUGUGUGUGCUGCCAAUCGGCCCGGCACCAGAAUGAGACGUACUGCACUCGGACGACUCGUUGUACAAGCUCCUCCUGAAUUCCUGCAGUGGCCGCAGUCUGUGUCUAAACCAGCAGGGGGCAGUGCUGUGUUCACUUGUGUGGCCCAGGGUGUUCCCGAGCCUCACCUCAUCUGGCUGAAGAACGGCAAGGUCCUGAUGCCCGGACUCAACGUCAAGCUGACCAACAACAAUAGCACUCUGGCUCUGACCCGUAUCAGUUCAGAGGAUGAGGCCAUCUACCAGUGCAUCGCCGAGAACAGCGCCGGCACCAACCAAGCCAGCGCCCGUCUAGCCGUGGCCCAGGCUAAAGAUCUGCCCGCCGCCCCCCAGGGCCUCACGGCCAGCGCGCUGUCCACCAACGCUCUGCAGAUCACAUGGAGCCAGCCGCCGGCCACCGUCACUGACAGCAUCAUCGGAUAUGUCCUGCACAUCCGCAAGAUCGGAGAGCCUGACAGUGUGGAGCUGCAGGAAGCCAUCAGUAAAGGUACCUUCCAGCAUGAUGUGACCAACCUGGAACCAGCUACCACCUACUCCCUCUACCUGAAGGCAUACUCUCCUCUGGGAGCCAGCCAGCAGUCCCACACUGUGGUGACUACAACACUAGGGGGCGUGCCGACCCCUCCCACCUUCUUCACCAAAGUGGUGAACUCCAGCGCCGUGCAGGUGCUCUGGGAGCUCCCCAGUAAGGCCGGCAAGGCUGAGGGCUUCAGGCUGUCCUACCGCAGGGUCCCCCAUGCCGACUUCCAGAGGCCCAUCCAGCUGCCCUCUCACAUCAAUGCCCACACCAUCUCUAAGCUGGAAUCCGGUGCAGUGUAUGAAGUGAAGCUGGUGGCCUACAAUGGCAACGGGGAGAGUGACUGCUCCAAGAGACUGGUGUCGCUGGCAGAGGAAGGCGUGAGUGACCAAGCCACUGGAGGGGACAGUCUGUGUCAGUGCAGGGACGGAGAGGCCUCUCUUGGCAGCAUCAUCAUUGGCAUCCAUAUAGGCACCGCCUGCAUCAUCUUCUGUGUUCUCUUCCUCAUGUUCGGAUACCGUCGCAGUCUGUUUUGCAGUAAAGGGACUCAGGACAGCUGGUCCGUACCGAGAGACAACACGGGACACAACGGCAUCCUUAAAGAUGGAGCAAACCGGCCCAGUGGGGAGUCAGCACCUCAGGUGGUCUGUCCAGCGCAGUACCAGGUUGUCAUUGAGCAGCACUUGUCAGCUUUGCCUGGCACGGACACUGGCUAA